AUGUUAAGUUUAAUUUUUUUUACUUUUUUUUUGACCCUAAUUAGAUUAAAAAUUGAUUUUUAUAUAAUUAUAUACAUAUUUUUUUUUUUAUUUAUAGUGUUUAUAUCUAAAUAUGAAUUUUAUGAUUUUUUUAGUUUUGUUAGCUUUAGUCUUGGUAUAGAUAAAUAUUCUUAUUUUUUAAUAUUUUUAACUUUUUGACUUUUUAUUUUAAGUUUGUUUAGUUUAUUAAAUUUAAAAAGUUUAUAUUUUUCUUAUUUAAAGUUUAUUAUAUUAAUUAUAGUUUUAUUUUUGUUUUUAUGUUUUUUAAGAUUAAGAUUUUUUAAUUUUUAUUUUUAUUUUGAAUGUAGCGUAAUUCCUGUAUUUUUAGUAAUUUAUGGGUGGGGGUAUCAACCUGAACGAGUGUUUUCAAGUCUCUAUUUUUUUUUUUAUACUUUAUUUAGUUCCUUACCUUUAUUAUUAUUAAUUUUGAGAUUAAACAAUUUAUUUGGUUAUUUCUAUUUAGGCAUACACUUAGAAUUAUUAAAUUUGUAUUGUUUUUUUUUUUUUAUUUUUUCCUUUUUAGUUAAGUUGCCUUUAUUUUUUUUUCAUUUAUGGUUACCAAAGGCUCAUGUUGAAGCUCCUUCUACUGGUUCUAUAAUUUUAGCAGGGGUCAUAUUGAAAUUAGGGGGAUAUGGUCUUAUUCGUGUUCUUUAUUUAUUUAAGGAUUUGGUUUUUAUUUAUUCUUAUUUUUUUAUUUCAGUUAGAAUUUUGGGGGCUUUAUAUGUAAGAUUCUUUUGUUUAUUACAGUCUGAUUUGAGGGUUUUGGUGGCUUAUUCAUCAGUUAGUCAUAUAGGUUUAGUAAUUAGCGGAAUUUUCACUUGUAGUUACUAUGGAUAUAUAGGUUCUUUGUGUUUAAUAAUUAGACAUGGAUUAAUUUCAUCUGGUUUAUUUUAUUUCGUUGGUUGUUUAUUUGAUCGUUUUAGUUCGCGGAGUUUAUUUUUGAUAAGGGGUAUAAUUAAUUAUUGUCCUUCUUUUAUAAUAUUUUUUUUUUUUUUAAUUGUAAGAAAUAUAUCUUGUCCUCCUAGACUUAAUUUAAUUUCAGAGGUUUUUAUUUGUUUUAGACUAUUAAUGUGACAUCCAGUAAGUUUACUUUAUAUUUUUUUUUCUUUAUUUUUUUCUGCUUGUGCCAUAAUUUGUUUAUUUAGAUUUAUUAGCCAUGGUGGUUAUUCUUAUUUAUUUAUAAAUAUGGAUUCUGGUUUAGUUCGUGAAUAUUAUGUUAUUUUUUUACAUAUUUUUCCUGUUUAUAUAUUUGUUUUUAGUUUAAACUAUUUUAUUUA